AUGGGUAGAGAAUUAGAGCAAAUUGAAACUACAGACUCUAAAAAGCAAGAAAAUUCCGGAACAGUCCAGGAAUCGGAUGGUUUGGAAGAGCAUUGUGGCCAAAAAGAUUUCAAAGUGGACUCCGUUAUUCAUGUUUCGGGAAAGACAUUGGAUUUUUCUCUGAUUAAUGGCGAAGAACGCAAGGUGGAGGAAGUGUAUAUGUACAAGAAUGAACUGAAUUAUCCAACGGCUAUGGGGAGGCUUAAGAAUUUGAAAACUCUGAAGUUUUUCUCAAAUGCGGUGAAUUCAUUUCCUAGGGAGUUCGGUAAUUUGGUUGAGCUGGAAUGCUUGCAAGUGAAAGUCGGGGAACCAGGAAUUAAUGGGUUGGAGUUGAGUAAAUUGACGAAAUUGAUAGAACUGGAGCUUAGUAGAGUGCCACCAAGGCUGUCAGCUUUCCCUUUUUUGAGUGCCAUUGUUGGGCUUAAAUGCUUGAUUAGGCUUUCUGUUUGUCAUUUCUCCAUAAGAUACCUUCCUCCAGAAAUUGGCUGCCUCAAUAAUCUGGAGUACUUGGAUCUUUCAUUUAAUAAGAUGAGGAAUUUACCGGAUGAAAUCACUUCGUUGAACUUAUUGAUACAACUGAAAGUCACUAAUAAUAAAUUGAUUGAUCUACCUUUACGACUCUCAUGUCCGCAAAGAUUGGAGAUCUUGGACCUGUCAAAUAACCGGUUGACAUCCUUGAAGUACUCAGAACUUGAAUCAAUGCAUAACUUUCGGAUUCUAAAUCUUCAGCAUAAUCAACUACGUGGAUAUCAAAUACCUUCAUGGAUAUGCUGCAACUUGGGAGGGAAUAUCAGUAACCUAUCAAAUGAUGAAUCUGCUGACAUGGAUGUUUAUGACGGUGUCAUCCAGGACAUUCAUGGAUCUUGUGUUGCGCCAUUGAGUAGUUUAAGUGGAUUAUCACCUAAUAAUCGAUCUUUAGCUGCAAGAAGAGGAGACCGAUGGAAGCGUCGGUAUAAUUUGCAAACAAAAGCUCAGCAGGAGCGACUGAGUUAUUGCAGGAAGCUGAAAGUUGAUGCUGCCUCGCAAAGCACUUCAGGAAAAUGCACAACGUGCAGAGUGUCUGGCCAUAGUGAUAAUGCCUCAUCAAAAGAUUUGUCUGUUGUUCCAGAGGAGAAGCUUAUCAAUGAAUAUUUAUCUCCAGAAUGUGAGGUGCAGGGAAACUCAGUUACCUGUCCUGGCUCUCUUUCUGAUGCUGUUGAGGUAUUGGAUGGAGGUUCAUAUUCUCAGUAUUCUCAUUGUGUAGAGAAGCCAAAAAGUCAUUCGGAGAAAGAUCUUGAUAAUCCCAAGCCCAGCAAAUCCCGCAGGCCAACCAAUGAUCCUUCUUACUUGUCAUGCCAAUAUAGUGAAAGAUCAUUUUGUGGAGUUGCAAAUCAUCUACCCGAUGGUUUCUAUGAUGCAGGACGAGAUUGUCCCUUUAUGCCACUUGGUAGCUAUGAGAAAAAACUCUUGCUCAGUUGGGAAGUGCUUCUUCUUGACAGGGAAAGGGAUGAAGAGUUGGACGCCAUUCUCUUAUGUGCUCGAGCAUACUUGCAUCAGUUUAAGCACUUUAACAAGUCCAUCAAUGACCAUAAAGAGGUUGUGUUUGAUAGUUUGCUGAUGGCUUCGUUGCUGCUCUUUGUAUCGGAUGAUUUUGAAGGAAGUGAUAAAAGUGUUGUUAUUCGGAAGACAUGGGAAGCUGUUUCUGGUUCAAACUACAUGAAACCAUUUGUUUGUACGUGUGGAACUGGGAUCAUAGAUGAUACUAGUAAAGCCACUAGGCAUGGUGUGAAUGCUGUAGAAGAUGUUCUUUUCCGUGAUAUUUGUGAAAAGUCUCUUCAAUCUACAAAAGAAAGGCGCAAUUCCAUUAUAGUUCCUAUUGGCGGUGUGCAGUUUGGUGUUUGUAGGCAUAGAGCAUUGCUGAUGAAGGUGUACAUGAAGUCUGGUGUUUUGUGCAAGAAGAAAUGUUACAAGAAUGGAGAUUGUUAUAAAAGCAUACUCCUAAACUUGGUGUGUGCUUCUGUUGUGGCUGAUCAUGAUGCUAGUCCUAUUUGUUCAUUUCCUUCUCUGGCUGUACGUGAUGAAAUUGGGAAACUGGCAUUCACGUUUCUGAUGCGCUGCACUGUUGGAUCACUGGAGGCUGUUGAAGGUAAUUUUCCUGUGAGGAUUAUUGAAGUGAGCGAGGCAUCUGCUGAUGAAGUCAGGAACUUCAAGUUCUCUUGUUUACGGGAAGUCAGGAUGUUGAGUGCCAUGGUCACCAAAUAUCAUCCAAGUGGCUUGAGACAGCAAAUGGAAAUUCUGGACGCCGUAUAUUACAGUCUGCUAUAUUGAUGGAGUACAUAAUAGGAGGCUCGUUGAAGUGCUGUGUUGAGAAAUUAUCAAGUGCUGGUGAGAAGCAUGUUGCUCCUGACUUGGCACUAUCUAUUUCCAGAGAUGUGGCAUUUGCAUAAACUGAACUACAUUCCAGACACAUUAUUCAUCGUGUAAAAAGUGAGAAUAUUUUGAUCGAUCUUGAGAAGCAGCAGCCAGAUGGCACACCUAUAGUGAAGAUAUGUGAUUUUGAUAGGGGAAUUCCCUUCAUUCUUACUUGCAUCGCACAUGUUGGAAUAUCUCGACCUGAUAUUUAUGUUGGCACUCCUCGAUGGAUGGCUCCUGAGGUGUUCUGUGCAAUGCAUCAGCAGAACAUUUAUGAGGAAGUGGAUAGUUGGUCAUUUGGCUGCAUGCUUCUGGAAUUGUUGACAUUACAAGUCCCUUAUUCUGAGUUGCCAGAAUCUGAAAUCCAAAGGUUUCUGCAGAUGGGAGAACGACCCAAACUGACAGAUGAGCUGGAGACAUUGGCUCAAUCUGAGGCUGACCUUGAGACUGAAUCUGAAACCCUUCGAUUUCUUGCUGAACUUUACCAUCAGUGUACAGAAAAGAAUCCAUCCGAUCGUCCAUCAGCCAAGAACAUCUACAGUCUGUUGCUCGCCUGCGAAUGGUCAGUCAAAGGUUCAAGAAGCUCAGAACAAGAAUAGUGUUCCUUUUAACAUAGAUUCCAGAAUCUGGUAGGUUUAAAUUGAACAUUAGGUUAGCUUAGAUCCGUUGGGAGCAGUGUUGAGUUUUAAGCCCCGGACCACUCUAACCAUGUUAAACAUUUGAUUAGGUUCACAACCUCGCUAAUUAUUUUUAGUAAUUGGGAUGUAACAAAAAGAGGUCAAUUUUUCAUGUUCUAGUUAA